AUGUUUUUAAGGAAAUUGUGUAUAUUUUCUCCUUCGAGACCACUGAAAGUCAACACCAAGUUUUACAACUCAGACAAGGAUGACUUAUUUCUUGAAGUUCAAAUUCAAAACAUUUCGCCUUCAACAGUGUUUAUACGAAAAGUUUCCUUGGAGCUACCUGAAAUGUACACCGAAGAAGCGUUAAAUACUCUCAACCUGGAUGGAGAAGAUGAGUGUACAUUUGGAACCAGGACAUUUUUGCAGGCAACAGAAGGACGCCAUUACUUAUAUCACCUGCAGGUCAAGGAGGAAUAUUUAGAGAAAGUGAGAAAGCUUAGUGGACUAACAGAAAUGGGAAAGUUAGAGAUUAUGUGGAAAUGGGAACUUGGCGAAAUCACAAUACUACACACAGUCCUACUUGAAAGAAAAGCUCGCAGUUCUGGAGAACUGAAGCUAUCUUUGGAGAAAAUUCCAGAUACUGUAGCCCAUGAAGAACCUUUUCAAAUUAUCUGCAAGAUAACAAAUUAUACUGAUAAGAAAAUGAAACUGCUUCUGAAAAUGCAUGAUACAACUUCUGUUCGUUGGUGUGGAUGUUCAGGAAGAAGCCUUGGUAAGUUGAAGCCAGGCUCAUCUCUGUCAUUUACCCUGACACUACUGUGCUUACUGUUAGGCCUGAGGAGGAUCUCUGGCAUACAGAUAAUAGACACAGUUUUAAAGACCAAAUAUUGCUAUGAUGGUGUUGCAAAAGUCUGCGUAGUACCUUCCAUGAUGAAAAUGGAAAGCUAA